AUGUUACAACUCGUGACCGCCCUCUCUGUCACUCAGCUCCUCCUUUUGAUUACUGGAAUCUAUAUAUUCUACGUCACAAUAUCAGCCAUCCUCGACCCUCUUCGCUCCGUACCUGGACCGUUUCUCGCCCGCUUCACGCGCCUCUGGUAUCUCUUCGCUAUAUACAAAGGCAAUUUUGAACUCAGAGACAUAGAAAUUCACCGGCUUUAUGGGGCUAUCUGGAGAGUCGCUCCCGGAGAAUACAGCAUUGAUGAUAUUGGUGCUGCGAAGACUAUUUACGGACAUGGGAAGGGUUAUGUGAAGGCACCCUGGUAUUGGGCUUUCAUGACACCAGGUCCAGGAACUGCAAGUUUGUUUGCUGAUCAAGAUCCUCAUCGUCACGCGAUCAACCGACGCAAAAUUUCGUCCUUGUAUUCCAUGACUUCGCUAGUCGGGUAUGAACCGGCAGUCAACAACUGCAUUGAACUUCUCACGUCUCGCUUCUGUGAAAUAGCAGAUGCUGGGAAGCUCUUUGACUUUCAACAUUAUCUUCAAUGUUACGCCUUUGACGUGAUAGGUGAGAUUACGUUCGGGAAACGCUUCGGAUUUCUGGAUCUGGGUGAAGAUAAGGAAGGGGGUUUUGGAUAUAUCGCAAAUUGGACACUUCAACAAAUCACCGCGAAGAAGCAGGAGGCCAAAGGUCCAAAUGUGUCGGAAAAAGAAACAACACCGGAUUUUAUAGCCAGACUCCUUCGCGUGCAAGAAGAAGACCCGGAAAAGAUAACCAACUCUGACCUUUUCAUGAUGUGUACCAUGAAUAUCGUGGCUGGAAGCGAUACAACUGCUAUCUCGCUCUCAAGCCUCUUCUAUCACUUGAUGAGAUACCCACAAGCAUACAAGAAAUUACAAGAUGAAAUCGACACAGCAGCUCGCAAGGGUCGGAUCUCGAAUCCCAUCACCUUCAAAGAAGCCCAAGACCUGCCCUACCUCCAAGCAGUAAUCAAAGAAGCUCUCCGCAAACACCCCGCCGUCGGCCUCCCCAUGCAACGCGUGGUUCCCAACGCUUCCCCAAUCACCGUCGCCGGCCACACCAUCCCACCAGGCUCGUCAGUCGGAAUCAACGCCUGGGUAGCCCAUCAAAACACCUCUGUUUUCGGCCCAGACGCCAGCGAGUUCCGCCCUGAACGCUGGCUGGAAUACGAGGAACAAGGCAGAAACGGGGAGAUAGAAAAGUAUUUCCUGAGCUUUGGGAUGGGAAGUCGGACGUGUAUUGGUAAGAAUGUGAGUUUACUCGAGAUGAGCAAGGUGGUUCCGCAGAUGCUUAGGACAUUUGAAUUCGUAAUCGACGAAAGUGCUGAGGAAAGGGUUGAUGGAACUGGGAAAGUUGUAGGGUUGGAGAGUUAUUCCAGGUGGUUUGUUAAGCAGAAGGGUUUUAUGGGGAGGGUGAGGAGGAGGUAG